AUGGCUGCACCUCUAGCAGGUGUAAGUCCAUUGUUUGCUGUAUUCUUUGCUGGAUGCGCAGUUGGUAAACAUCUGCAGACAACACAUCCCGACCAAGAGAUGACAUUCAUUCAGAAUAUGAACAGUGGAGCAUUGGCUGGUGUGUUCACGACUAUCGUGAUGACACCUGGAGAGCGCAUCAAGUGCCUUUUACAGGUGCAAUCUAGCGGACAUCACACUGGUGUGCACUACAAUGGCCCAAUGGAUGUUGUGAAGAAAUUGUACAAACAAGGAGGUCUAGCUAGUCUUUACAGAGGAACUGCUGCCACUUUACUUCGAGAUAUACCAGCCAGCGCGGCUUACCUCUCGGUUUACGAAUUUCUCAAGAAGAAGUUCUCUGGAGAAGGUAGGCAGCGCACGCUGUCUCCCGCUGCCACACUUAUGGCUGGUGGUCUUGCGGGAAUUGCUAAUUGGUUAGUUUCCUUUUUGCAUAGUCAUUGA